UCUCUUGCACUGCAGGAUGGAUGCAUAGGCUAAAACGCCAGGCUGCCAGCACUAAGGAUGGCUGACAAGAGGGCGGAGCGUGCGCGUCCCAGAUUGGCCAACUGUAGAGUGACGUCACGUGGCGGAGCCUCUGGGCUCUCGGCGGCUCCUGGGUGGGGAGCCGCGCCGGCGGCGACCCGGCAGCUCCGUACUGGGCACCCAGGCGCACCCUGGGGCUGGUGGGGACCGAGCGCCUCGUGGCCGAGCAUGGCGGGCUCGCUGCCUCCCUGCGUGGUUGACUGCGGCACCGGGUACACCAAGCUUGGCUACGCAGGCAACACUGAACCACAGUUCAUUAUUCCAUCAUGUAUCGCCAUCCGAGAAUCUGCAAAGGUAGUUGAUCAAGCCCAAAGGAGGGUGUUGAGAGGAGUUGAUGACCUUGACUUCUUCAUAGGGGAUGAAGCCAUUGAUAAACCUACCUACGCUACCAAGUGGCCUAUACGACAUGGCAUCGUUGAAGACUGGGAUCUUAUGGAAAGGUUCAUGGAACAAGUGGUCUUUAAGUAUCUUCGUGCUGAACCUGAGGACCAUUAUUUUUUAAUGACAGAACCUCCACUGAACACACCAGAAAACAGAGAGUAUCUUGCAGAAAUCAUGUUUGAAUCAUUUAAUGUACCAGGACUCUACAUUGCAGUACAGGCAGUGCUGGCUCUGGCAGCCUCUUGGACAUCCCGGCAAGUUGGUGAACGCACACUAACAGGGAUAGUUAUAGACAGUGGAGAUGGUGUCACCCAUGUUAUCCCGGUGGCAGAAGGUUAUGUAAUUGGAAGCUGCAUCAAACACAUCCCAAUUGCAGGUAGAGAUAUUACGUAUUUCAUUCAACAGCUGCUAAGGGAGAGGGAGGUGGGAAUCCCUCCUGAGCAGUCACUGGAGACCGCAAAAGCCAUUAAGGAGAAGUACUGUUACAUUUGCCCUGAUAUUGUCAAAGAAUUUGCUAAGUAUGAUGUGGAUCCCCGAAAGUGGGUCAAACAGUACACGGGGAUCAAUGCCGUCAACCAGAAGAAGUUCAUUAUAGAUGUUGGUUAUGAAAGGUUCCUGGGGCCAGAAAUAUUCUUUCACCCAGAGUUUGCUAACCCAGACUUUAUGGAGUCCAUCUCGGAUGUUGUUGAUGAAGUGAUACAGAACUGUCCCAUCGAUGUGCGCCGGCCGCUGUAUAAGAAUGUCGUUCUUUCUGGAGGCUCUACGAUGUUCAGAGAUUUUGGACGUCGUCUGCAGAGAGAUUUGAAAAGAGUGGUGGAUGCCAGGCUAAAGCUGAGUGAAGAGCUCAGUGGGGGCAGGAUAAAGCCUAAGCCUGUGGAGGUGCAGGUGAUCACACACCACAUGCAGCGCUAUGCCGUCUGGUUCGGAGGCUCUAUGCUAGCCUCAACUCCAGAGUUUUUUCAGGUCUGUCACACCAAGAAGGACUAUGAGGAAUAUGGCCCCAGCAUCUGCCGCCACAACCCCGUCUUCGGAGUCAUGUCCUAGUAUCUGUGUUGGAGCCAUUGUCUGACAGUGUCCUGUUGGGGAAUAAGUGUCCUUCAGAACCCAGAGAAGCCGCGACUCCUGUACAUAGCAGUGUGGAAUCGGUGUGUGAGCAGCGCGCUUUCCUUACCGGUGGGGCCGGACGCAGACUUCCCAGUAAAGCCAUUUAUCCAGUGCGACUGUUCGUGGUCCUCCUCCCCUCCGCCUCCCCUGCCCCUCCCACUCUCUCUCCUUUCCACCUGAGCUUCUAGUCAAGUGUAGCUCUGAAGGAGUUCAUACAACUAUAGGAUGCAAGUGGUUUCUCCAGGAAAGACUGUAGGGUGGAGGAACCCUGCCCUUCCCAGCCUAUUUUUGUAAAUAACAUGUUAUAAACUUGAAAUACAAAUUGAUGUUUAUAUUUCCUAUCAUUUUGUAUUUUAUGGUAUUUGGUAUAACCAGGUAAUACUAAGCAUGAGUAGUCACAGAGUUCAUGGAUGUUAGAGUUCUGUAAUAAAGUGCUUGAUUGUGAGGCAUGUUCUGAUGUGUGUACAGGCAAACAAAACAGCAGGCUUUCUGCCACGUCUGCUGGGAAGAGAUUCCAUGUUGUUGGGGUAGUGUGACGCCUGAGCACUAACCAUUACUAUGUGGAACUUGCUACAGAUGUAUCUAACUUCCUGGAGCUGCCUUAUGGAAGACCAUGGUUAAUGUUGAGUGUGGGAUGAAAUCCUAUUGCACUGUUGUAAUAAAAGCUUCUAGAAUCUUUAUAA